UCAGACUGUAGUGACGAAGCUACAGCUGUUCAGACUGACUGACGACAAGACGACAUGAAGACCUCAUCUGCAUCUGUGCUGAUCGAUCCUUCAGUGGUCUUUAGUGACACCUGUCCUCCUGUUGCAGGUGUGUCUGUGCUGCUGCUGUCCGGACCGACUGUUUCUGCAGUGUCUCUGCAUGUCGGUCCAAACCGUCCUCAGUACUUUACAGGAGACUCUGUCUCUCUGAGCUGUGUUGGAGAUGGACAGGAAGCGGAUGGAUGGACUUUGAAGAGGACAGCGGGAGGACAUACUGAGGAGUUGGUGAGGUUUAAUAAUACAGUCUCCUCCAUCAUCUUGACUCUCCGUCAGUCUGACACUGGAGUUUACUGGUGUGAAACCAGUUCUGGACAAAGGAGCGACCAGACCACCAUGACUGUAGCUGAUCCAAAAGCUCCUCCUCAAACCUCCUCCCCUCUCUCUUCGUCCCUCAUCAGAAUUAGAGUUGUUGUGUUUUCUCUGGUUCUCCUGGUUCUCGUUGCGGUUCUGGUCCUGGUUGGAGUUGUGAGCCUGAGCAGGAAUCAGUCAGAUGCAGUCCGACAUGUUCAGAGGAGACACGCUGCAGGUGUGCCUUUGCUGACAGCUACAGUUGUGGCUGUGUUGCUGUAUGGACUGUUUGUUUCUGCAGCCUCCUCUGUGUCUGUGAUCAGACUCUUCUGCCAUCUAGUGGUCUGCUGUCCGUUCUGCAUCUCUACUGGUCUGAUGAUGUCCAUCUGCUGCAGCAGGAAGACGGGAGACAAACCAGCCGUCUCCAUGGAGACAAACCAGCGUGUUGAACUGGAUGAAGAGUACGAUGACAUCGCUGCUGAUGUCACCACUGAGUAUGACUUUUAGGUGCGAACAUGGACUCUGAUGGACCUGAAGUCCUGGUGUCCAGUCUUUGUUUUCUCUGUUGUUGAUUUGAAAUGUGUUUCCUGUCAAAGAAGUCAAAUAUGACAUCAUAUAUUGAUAUUAUAUUUUUUUGUCAUAAUUCAGUAACAGUCAGCUUUUAUUUUGUCGUCAUCCUGAAAGCGAUCAGGUUGUAUUCUCGUUUCUGCGUCUUCUUCAGAAAACAAAAUAAAACUCGAACAUGUGGUCUACCAGC